GGGUUAAAAGAGGGAACUGAUGCGAUGUGUGAAUGCUUUGUCGAACAAAGUGCGGCAGUGACCGUAGUCCAUGAACUAUCGCUCAAAGCCACAUUUAAGAGUGAACAGAGACAUGAUCCAGACGUGGUAGACCAUAACCAAUCGAUGCUUCCCAAGGUAAGACUGGAUAGAUCUCAUGAAAGUUUUUUUCUAAAAAAAGGGUUUCUGUGUAUGUUUUUUUCAUCAUUCUUCUUUCUUCCUCCUUGCUGUCUUUUUUUCCCCCGCAGACUGACCCUGAGCUUGGCCAAAACCAUUAAAGAGCAAAUGUGAGCUGUGAAUGGGUAAAGAGCUCGAGAAAACUGCACCUUCAAAGCUUCAAAUCUUUUCACUUUUUCUACAAGUGUUACCCAGAUUGAUGAGAAAUGACAGGUAGAAGAGUUUUCAGUGGUAUUGUAUUGAUUAUUGUCCAAAGAGAUAAUUGAAAUGGGGCGUUUAGCUGCUACAAACUUUAUCUGCUGUCAGGGAGACCUUGAACAAACACAGAGAGGCUGUGUAGGAUUUUUGGUGAGUGGACCGUCUUACACUAAGACAUGAAUUUGUCGAUGAUAAAUUCAAGUUAUCUUAGUUUUUUAUUUAACUUUUCUUGUGCAUGAAAAGAAAAACUACAGCCUUUGUGUGGCUACAUCUAUUCAAACUCGGUCUCAUCACAUGGCUCUUUUUUACGAAUCUAAAGUUUUGUGUACAUGGGCACAAAUAACUAGUUUAAAAGCACUUCAAAGUACAUUUAGAAAGCUUAAAGUAGAGUGUGGUUGAGAAUAUAAUGCCUGAAUAUCCUCUUUUGUUGUAGUAAAGAUUGUUGGGUUAAAGGUUAUGUAGUAAUUAGCAGCAUUUAGCAGAAAAGACUUGGUGGAAAUGUUAAAAUUAGUGUUUUUUUCCCUGAAUGUAAAGGUUGUUUUAUUUUCGUUAACCCAGAAUCAGCCUUCUGUAUCUACAUAGGAGCAGGUGUCCUUCAAGGGGGGCUGCAUCUUUCACAGCCAUGUCCCCAGACAAGAAGGUGAAACAAAAUAGUAACAUAAGAUAUUUUAUGCUUUGUGGGAAUUAGUGCAGAUUUUUUUGUAAAAGAAAAUAUUGAGUGAAUGGGGUUUCUCAUCAUAAAAGGUCACCAAUGGUUCACCAGUGGGAGGGUGAGAGUUUCCAUUUAGAAUCUGACUGCUAGAUAUUCCUAUUUCAACACAUAAAAACAGGACUUGUGCAUCAAAGACUGAAGUCCAAGUCCAAAGUAAGUAGUUUAACUGACGUAUUCACCAACAUGCACAUCCAAAUAUAGCCUAGGAAGCAAAAUCUUUUAUUAGAGUUUACAUUUUACCCAAACCAUGACUUUUUUGAACCUUAACCAACCUAACCCAACACAAAAAGCUGGCCACUUUGGCUGGUAACAGUCAAAAACAAUCAGACAUAAGCUGUACAUAAUCAUAGAUAUGACAAAUACCAACACAUCGAUUCAACACAUGUAACUUAAGUUAGAUUGAUUAGCACAAGCUAACCUGCUGUGGUGUAGAGGAGAAGGAGAAAAGAUCUUUGUUGGUAUACAAACAUAAUACUUGACCAGGCUUUCUGGACAUGUAGGGUUGUAGAGCUGUGUCAUCUUUUCUCUGUGUGUUGUAUUCGUUAGUAUUACUUAAGCAUACGUCUUUCUUGUGAGUGGCAGAGGUGAAAUGUUCAUUGUAAUUGUUUCAACAUUCAUCAAAGCCAGCACAAGCAGAGCAAGGUCCUGUCUGUCACUUCAGCGUGGAGUAAAUUUCUCUAGACAUCUCUGGAACUAUCACGAUCAACUUGUGGAUGACAGCAAACCUGGCUAAUGCUUAUGUAUUUGGCCCCUAUUAAUCAUUAACCCCUCUAACCCCAUGAGGGAGUCACUUUUACUGAAUAAAUUCAGGCCCAGUUCUGGUCCAGAUUUAAUCAAAAUAAGUUUUUAAAAAAGUAUUAAAAUAAAAGGAACAAUAAGAAGGAAAAUAAGUAAAUGUGUUUAAAUUGUUGCAUGAAGAGGCUGCUGAGUGGACUCAGAUUAACAGAAAUAGUCAUAGCAUAGCAAUGCAAAUCCAGACAUGCAUUUACAUUCAUGCAGCUUGGCCUCCUUAAUACGACGAUUGCAUUAAACAAAGCAAAUUACAGUUAAACAGCUACAUGUCUCCAAUUUUUACUUGCUGGGCCACAUCAAGAAACGUAAGGACUAAAUGAUGUUUGGUUUGGGGUUUUACAUUUCAAUUUAGCCCCAGGCCUGGAAGCCAUUAAGUCCUAAUCUGAAUCCUGGUCAGUGCCUGCUCCCUGGAGCAGAAAGUAUGGUUUUAUUAGCAUCAAAUCAUAUGCAGCAUUGAGAAUGCUCCCACUCAAACACACACAUAUACACACACACUGACUUCGACCCAGCCCACGUCCAAUAAUGGCAAAAUAGCAUCUCAUUACUGGCCAUUAGAUUUGUAUUACUUUCAUUUGAACCGGCAAUACAUCUCAUAUUCAUAAAGGGAACAAAGUCACAACAUGAAAUAGUGACACAGCUGCAUGAUGGGAGCUGAGAGACAGGGCCGGGAACAAAUGAUUCAUAAAAUGAAACAGUUUGAAAAUGUCGUUUUUAUGAUCGGGGGCAGACUGUUACUGACAAAAUGUAACGCCCACUAAUGUGCUGACAGGUUAGACUACUGUAGGUAAUUAAGCACUUUAAAACGUCAGGUAUUGAGUAGAUUUUUUUGUCCAUUUUUUUUUUUUUAAUUCGAGUCAAAUUGUAAAUAUAUGUGUGCGUGAGUGAGGAAGAGGAAGGAGAAGUGAGGGCAAAGAGAGUGAAACCUCCUCCAUCUCUUUGGCACAACGUCCAUACUGAGUAUCUCUCGCUGAUGGACACAGCACAUUAACCGGCUCAUUAUCAGCCUCCCACCAUAUGGACGCGGGCCGGGGUGGGUCAGAGCCAUGGCCGCCUCGAUCCGCGCCCCCCUAAUUAGGACAAUUACGCCAUCUCCAUCACGAGGGCCAGUUACACAAAAUGGUGUCGCGCCCUCGCCGAGAUUGGUGUCACGGAGUCCAGAGUGUGAGAGGCGGCGGGAGGAAACUGCGCUGUCGUUCUGCAGGCACCGCCGAGCUCACAGAGCAAUUACCCCGGGUGAGAGGUGGCAGAGUGUGAGGGUGAGUGUGGGAGAGAGGAGAGCAGGCGAGCUAGAGGGCAAGUGAGUGGGGAGGAAAAAACAGAGAGAAAAUGGUCAGGAGAUGGAGAGGGGAUGAAGGUGACAACCUGGACCACAGAGAGAGGUUAUGGUAUCAAUGAAGUUAACAUUUGGUGACUUUUGGAUGGAUUGACUGUGUGGAUACCCUGCUGGACAAGGACGAUGACUUUCUCCAGUCAUUUAACCUCAACUGGACCCAUUGAAGUCAAGUCCCUUUUUUGUAGAGAACUGGUUACAUGAAUCGGCCAAUGCUUUGGAAAGUACGCCAGCAAAAGAGCAAUGCCUGAACCCAGUGAAGCACAACAAGAUAUCUCCCAACACAUCUAAAGAUCACAGAUUAUUUGGAGUAAUUUCUAGCAAACUCUAUUUGAAAAGGUAAGACAGCAAUUGUUAUCUGCUUAUGGGGGGACUUGAUCCUUUUAGGACCCUCCAUUGGGGGGGACAUCAAGCAAAAGCCACAGUUAUUAUGUUCUGUAGGACUAAUAGGCAGUUUUUGGCAUUGCAUAAAGGCAGAUUUGUACCAAACCACCAAAAACAGCAACUGUGAAAGAUACUGAAUUGAUUGACUACUUUGGACCUUGAACCAGCUAAUCUUUCAAAGAUUUUUGAAACCCUUUCAUCAUCAAGACUAUUGAAAAGAAAAGCUCAAAAAGCUAACAGUGUGACUAAUAGAGAGGAAAACAGUCAAUUGUAACAUCCUUUGAACUCCACUAAAGCACAGGAGACAUGCAGCGUAGUUUCAAGAAAACUAAGACGUGAUUAAGAUUUGCAAGACAGUCAAAAUGAGCUUCUCACCUAGCUGAGGAGAGAGGCGGGGAAGAAAAGGAGCUUAUAUUUGCAUUUACAGAAUAUCAUUCAAGUUUACAUUCUCGAUACUAGUCUUUGUCGCACAUCAAAACUUGAAAUAAUUCAUGUUUCUGUCAAGAUGUUUUUGAGACUUUUACAGAGCAAUAGGCAAGAGCUCUGGGUAUGCAAAACUAGAGAACACCUGAGUCUUCAUGUAUUGAUGUGUAGGGCCAUUGACCAUUCGAGUAUACAUGACAGUUCAGGAAGAAGAAAAUGCUCCUCACCUCACUGAAAUGAUGAUGUACACAUUUGUAAACAGAUGUGAGGGAAGGAUUAAAGCAAUUAAACAUAUUCCUGAAUCAAAGAAAUAUAAGUUGAGUAAAUAGCAGGUAUUUAGAUGCUAUAGGCUUGAUGGUGCAAUAAUUAGGCCCCAUUCAUUGGAAGUGUUGUUUGAAUGAUCUCCAGGCAAACAGCCCCGGACUUAAAGCUCAUCUUCAAUCUAAAGCAGACUCUGUUUUCCUCCAGUUCUCCUCAUGACUACCUGAUGUUCAACCAGUGAUGUUUUAUUUUCCUCCUUUCAUAGCAGAAUCCUUGAGUCUUAAAUUAGGCCCUGAGGGUGUCUGUAGAUCGAUAGGCUCACUGCAGGUGCACAGUGAACAGGAACAACAAGAGAGGCCAUUUUCUCUCCCCUUUCAUCGGAAUAAAACAGGCUUGAUUGGGAGCGAUGAGUGGAGAGAAAUGCUUGAGUUCCUGUCCACCACUGGUUCAGGUGUUACACAUGUUUUUUGCAGCCUGUGUUGAUUAGGCAGGCAUGAUAUUGACCAUGUUGUACAGCAAAACGGAGAUCAAGCUGGGUUACAACAGGGAGGACUGAAUUCCUGAAAACAAACUGGUAUUGAUUAGAGAAAGUAAGUUGAGUAAGCAUUUUACAAGAGGCUGCUUCUAAGGCCCAAUCUCAUGUCGGAAUCCCAUCCAGCACCACCUUUACUUCCAUUUUACUUCAUGUUACUGCUAACAUCAGCUGCCCUUAUUGACUAUGUGAAGUAUUCAUGCAAAGGCUGAGCAUUUUCGAGUGCAACAAGUGUGUACUUGGAUCAGUGUAAAACUAAAGUUACCUUCAGCGGAGUCAAAUUUUCUCCAAAAUACCCGCUCUGAUACGCAGAGCAACCUACAGCCACUUGAUGGCAGGAAACUCUGAAGAAUAAUUUGGCUUUUCAAUGAAAAAAUAUUCUGAGUGCAUAACUGAAUUAAAAAUGAAACAGUCUUUUUUGUGCAGGGGGAAGACUCGCAUCAUAUUGAGAGUGAAGGACAGAGCAAAGCUGUAAAAGUAUUUACUGAAUAAAAUGACACAGAUCAAUGAAAGCAAACCGUCUCUGCUGCUGAUGUUUGGUUUGUUAGAUAUCUAGUGAGUACAUGUGUAUUUUCCCUUUUAAAGGAGUAUUACUGUUUAUUUAAAGGGUAUCAGAAGAAAGAGUACGUUUCCCAUAUUAUGAAGCAUUUUGAUAUGCUUUUUUACCUUUAUUUAGCUGUAGUGUGAAAAAGAUUUAGAAAUCUUAUCCAGAUUAUGUUGUCCUAUCACACAGGUGGAACUACACACAAUAUAAACUCACAUUACCAUCAGCACCUAGCUAAUCAUUUACAUGUUUAAAGAAUCAACUUCUUGAGUAAGUGUGAUUAAAACUGGACUUUAAAACAUGUAAAUACAAACUGAAAUUGCACUAAAUUGAAUAUCUGAUAGUUUGACUAACAUACUCAGAUAAUGCAGUUUCGGAUAGAUUCUCCUCCAUCAAACUAAAACUGGCCUAAGUGUUCUCCACAUGCUCCAUGGUCCACAUUUCAGGGUUUGACCCAGAAGUUGAAUAGGAUUAAUGCAUUGCUAGGAAGUUAGGUAGUAAACAAAACCUUGGCAGAAGAAGAGAUUCAAAGAGGUUCUGAAUUAUUUAUAAAAUUUACAGAGCUGUAGAAGUGAGGCUGUUUCGUUGUUGAACAUACAUGUGGUUAGCAUCUUGCUAAUGUGUUUGCAGUUUGUUUUGGUGAGUGAGGCGGUUGGCCGACUGGAAGACAAGCCCAAAAGUAAUAAGCUGUAAGGGAGCAUAUCACCUCCCUUUGUAAAUAAAUUAGUUCUUGCCUGUAAACAGGGUACAGCAGCCCAGUAGUCCAUUUAAAUUGCCCUGUCGAGAUUCAAUUGUUAUUCAACGUAACUGUGCAUUAAUACUGAAUGGAAUACCAAGCUUGUGGUAAUGGGAGAUUACAUACCAAACUCCCAAACCUGCCCCCUGUUGUGAAGUGUCUGGCAUCUGUAAACAGAGGCCGAAGCAGCAUUAGCAAUGGGGAAAGUCAAUCAAAAACUAAACUCAGUUAACCAUCAAAAACAGUUUAUCCGUUUAUCUUGUUCAGUUGAAAGAAGGAGUAAAAGUGGGGGGUCUAGAAAAACGGUUUAAAAAGUAGGAGGGACUUGCCAACUGCAACCUAAUACCCACGGUUUGUAAUGAAAACAGGUGUCUAUACAACAAGCUAUCAAGGGCAACUUGUGUCAAAUAUAAUAUUAUUAAGCUGAACAGGCUCAGUCAAAAUGGAAUAUAAUAUUCAUAUCUACAUAUGUUUAUAUUAGUAAAUAAUCACCUUAAUGUAAAAGCUUUUUAAAUCUACACAAGACCUAGCCCCUACAACAGAGGCCACCAACUUGCACCGCCAUGUUUCUACUGUAGCACAGACAGCACAAACUAGACACAUACACUGUUUGUAUUUAGUAGAGUGAGAAGAGUUGUUCUAUGAAAUAAAUGUCUGUACUGAUGGACGCUUUUGAUGGUAAAACUUGACAAAUAAGGCUCAAACUCAUUAUGGAUCAGAGAAUCUUCUUGUCCUCAAAGGCCACUUUCACCUCAAUGAUCAGAAGGGUGAGCAGGGGAGUAUUUCAUUCUAGAGUUUAACCACUACUUACUGCUAAGUAGUGGUUAAAUCUUGGUCUUUUUGAUGAUAGUGGUUAAAUCUUUCAUCUUGCACGUGAUGUAACUUUCAUAAGGAAGUGAAACUGUAUUAUCCAAGAAUGAAUGUGUCAAAGUCAGACAGCAACUAGUUUGAUGAUUCAGAAGUUUGACUUCUGCUUUUCUCCAAUACAUGAAACUGACUGAUGACUUUGAUUUCCAUUUUGCUGAAAUCCUAAAAAAGAGUGAAAGAGAGAAAAUCAACCCUUGAUUUUUUUCUUGAUUUUUUCGUCUGCUGUUCAGCCAAGUUCUGUACUAUCUUCCCUCCAACACUAUGCCACUUUGUUUUAAUGCCACAUACUGAUGGAUAUCAUGAUUUUCUAUUACCAUCACAUCAAUCUAAUACAGUAUUUUUGCCGUGUGUGGUUAUUUUCAUGCAUGUUGAUGACUUCUGGUUUUUAUAUUUCACUCAACAUUUCAAACAUAGACAUGUUUGCUAUAAUUCCCCAAAACUAGACAUUACAUACAGAACAGGAAAACAGAUGAGGCAAAGCAACUUACAAAAAGCAGGGUAUAUGUUCCAGGAGGAAGAUGAAGUCAUUUAUGUAAGAAAAAAAAAAAAAAACUCAUAGGGACAGGACUACUACUCUUGAAAGUCUUGAGUUUAACCCGUAUUUAAGGAUGGGGUUAGGGUUAGGGGUUUGUUUGCAGGUUAAAUGAAGCCCAUGUUUUAAUCUGAAUAAAAAGUUCCCCUUCCAUCCCUUGGAAACUACAGAUGCAUCUCAUCUUAAAAUAUCAUUAAAAUAAUGAUUUAUUUUAGUAGUUCAGUUCAAAAAGCAGAACUUGUAUAUCAUUUAGAUUCACCACACAAAGACUGAUAUAUUUUAAGCUUUUAUUUCUUUCACUUUGAUGAUAGUAACUUACAGAGAACUCAAAGGAGAAUCAUGGGCCGUAUAACACCUCAGCAGAACCACAGACUGUUUGCCUCCUGGCUAUGCAGCAAUGCAGCAAUAAUUCAUGCAAAAUGAGCCCCAACCGAGUAUCGAGCGCUGUACAUGUUCAUGCUUAUCUGUAGUCCAGCAUUUCUAUGUUUAAAAUACUUUUUUUUAAUUCUAUAUUCUGAUUUUCUGAGCUACUGAUUUUUUUGAUUUUCAUUAUCUGUAAGAUACAAGAUAAAGAUACAAGAACAUUAUUUAUCCCCAAAGGAUAAGUUAUCAUCAUCAAAAUUACAGGAAAUAUAUCAGUUUGUGUAUGAUGAAUCUAUAAAAUAAGGGGGCUUUCACACCUAUGUCGUUUGGUCCGGACUUUCAGGUGUGAUAACACCGAUGAAUGUCACUGUAGAACCGAAUUACUGAAAUAAAUGAACUUUUUGAUGAUAUCCUAUCUAGUUUAUAGAGAUUCACCUCAACAUCACAUCAAUGGGUUAAGAUUUGAACUCCCGCCUCUUCUGCUGCUCUAUUGGCUGCUGCCCUUGUCCUGACACGCUAUUGGCUACGUGAUCUCGGAGGAGGGGCGAUCUCUAGGAAGUGAUUCAGUUCUGUUGUUUCUGUUUGCGUUUGGAAAGUACCCCAACUAACAGUCUAACUGCUUUCACCGGUAAUUGGAUGCGGUACAGAUUAAAACACGGCAUUUCAUCGACAUGUUUCAACACUGAAAACUCAUCUGACAACGUACUGCAUUUAUCCUCGACGGAGUUUGGUGAAUAAAUCAGCAGGUAAGUCGUAAAAUAAUAAACCAUGUUGUGAUUGAGACAGCAGGAUCAGCUGUUAGUCCUCAAUGUGAACCGCUGGUCUCUUUCCAUCAAUGUUAUCAAAGUUAUUUAACCGUUUCAGCGGUUUUCGGUCGUUGGUUUGACUGCGGGACAAAUUUAUACUCUCAAUCUGCAAAUUAAAGCAGGCUUUCCCAUUUGACUUUCAUUAAAGUCGACAGAAUCAUCAUCAAUUGACAUAUGUUUCUCAUACUUUCUGUUAUGUUUUCUUAAACCCAAUCAGUUUUAAUGGCACCAAGAAAGGCAGCAUUACCCAAACCUCUCCCAGAGGGCUUCAUACUGACUGACACAGAGAAGAAGAAAUGGAGGCUUGGCAAAAUCCUCGGUCAAGGUGGAUUUGGACUGAUCUACCUCGGUAAAUAUGAAACUCUUUGUUAUUAAGUCACACCUACGCACACCUGUUGAGUGCAGACAAGUUUAUUCAUAAAGGAGGUUUAAAGACAGCUCAAACUGAUCAAUGUGCUGUUCAGCCAAGACAGACAGUAAAAAGAAACAAAAGCAAAAGAUUAGAGCACCCGUACACAACAACACACAAAUAUUAUAAUAGAUAAAUGAUGGCGAUUAAGCAGAUAAGAUCAGAAGUAAGACAAUAAACAGAGUUAUUUUGAAAUACUUUUCAAGUAGACAGGAAGAGUCGAGCUUGACUUGAACUGAAGGCCAUCAUGAGAGAGUGGUCCAAAGCAGUGGACUGGAAAUGUGACUAAACAGUUCAUCUAAAAACAGGUAGACUGUUUCAUAUUUGUAUGACUAGGGGGCAUCCACCGCAAAGACUUGAUCCACUCAACUUUCAAGUUUACAGCAGCAGUCCAGUUUGGUAAUGAUUUGACUUGGUAAACCCUGAUCUGACUUGUGUUUCCAUGGUCAACUGGUGCUUCAUGGAGGAAGCAUUUGGGCUGUCAUUUAAACUGCUGGUGUGAGCAGCACAUCUCACAUCUGUGCCACCUGCUGAGAAUUGAGAAAAUAGAAAGCUUGCCAGUUUUGGAAGUGACAUGCAAAUCUCAGCUGAGAUACAUAAAAAAUAAAAUAAAUACAUAAAGAUAGAGGUUGGGGGGUAUAGUGGCUUUUUAUCAGCUGUGUUUAUGUUAAAAGCAUGAAAUAUAUGGCAUGAAAACACCACCAGAACACUUUUCAAAGCAAAAACCAAAUUUUCGUUUAAGAGAUCACCCUUGUUUUCACACAAUGCUUUUGUUUUGUUUUGACCAGGACAGUGAUUUUACAAAAGAAAUAACUUGCCUAAUUAUGAACAGGUUUAUCAGGUGUGUGAGAGGCCUCGCCUUUAAGGACAUCAUUUAUGUAUGUUUGUUUGACUAUAAAAUUAGCUGCAUAUAUGCAGUCGUAGGAACAGAAGGCUCCACACUGUGAACUUUAAAAUUAUUAGCUAGUGCCUCAACAGAUCUAACAAAAUAACUUUUAAAUUCAUGUGCAAUCUGACUGUCACUAGAAUUGAGCAUAUUCCCAAUUUUAAAGCCACUUUAGGCCCAGAGUUACCCCAAUAGAAGGUUCCAAGAAAGUAGGAUGGUAUGGGUUGAUUAUUUGGGUAGCUUUGUUGACCUGCUGAUGGAAAUGCAAGUAACUGUGUACCGUGCUGAACUGUACCAUAGGAGUUUAAAUGAGAUAAAGAGGUGCCACUUCAAUUUAAAUUUGAAACAGUAACAGUCCUGACAAAGCAUGAUGUACCACUUCUUUUUCGUCUGCAUUCAUCUCACCUGUCCUCACUGUCUCUCAUUUUCUCAAAGCCUCCCAGACUGUGGACACACCUGUUGCAGCAGACACUGAUUUCGUCAUUAAAGUGGUGAGUACAUUAAUACUGCACUUAUUACUACUAGACACCUUUAGAUCCCACUUGAGAUAAACUGGUGUUUUUUGAUGUUAAGUAGCACAUCGCAAGAAAUGAUAUAUGAUCAUUUGAUGGUUUAAUAAAAAUUUUAAGAAGUCAUAUAAAAGUCAUGGAAAAAUGAUAUUUUACAUUAGCAUUUAAUAUCAUGGCCCAGCCAGAUGCAUACUCAGAAUGUCACCAAACAGGAAAACGACCAAGAUGUGCAGUUUAUUUUUCCUUUUUCACUAAAACUGCAGAAAUAUAUUGUUGUUUGUUGUCACUGCAAUCCAUGAUUUACUAAGAGGAUUAAGAAUCACUGUAUGCCACAUGGGAAUGCCACACAGCCAUUUACAUGUCGUACAGGUGCACUCUGGGAUUAAAAGUCAAUGCAAUUAAUUGUUAGACCCCUUAUACUGAAAUUUGCCCUAUAAUGGGGGUCCCCUGGCUUGAAUUUGCUUAAUUAUACUUCAGGAUUUGGAAAGAAAUGCUCUUUAUGUUGUAAAGUAAAAAGACAAAAAUUACUUUUCUCACAAACACAAUUUUUGACAUGAUUAAUUCACAAAUGAGUCAAGGAUGGUCAGAUUUUUCUUGGCAACAGUCAUACAUUUAUGGCCUACACGCAGUCGUACCCCUGGUUUGGUUACCAGGUUGGUUGAGUUGGACAUGUCUCUCACAAAAAAAAACUCCAAACACUUCCCUGUACUUCUUCAUUCACAGUCCCAGGUUGUGCCAGUGAAAGAAUCCAAAUGGAAACAAAUGACUACUUUUGGUCUAGAUCCAGAUGUACUAGAAUGGUCAGAUUAGCUUGAGGUCUUAUAACUUCUAACAAAAGGUAUUGGUAAAUGUAAAUAAGUUAAGAACAGGGCCAGAAUGAGUUCUAAGAUAAAUAAAUGAAAUGAAGAGUUUUAGCGGUCACUGUACUUUGUGGAGUAUCCUUUUCAGGCCAUAAAUGAUGGUUUAGAGUGACUUAAUUUGGCUUGGUGAGUGUGGACUUUCUUUAAAACUAACAAUUGCGGGUCUGGAUGAAUCAGCGCCAUUGAAUAUGAUGAAGGAUGGAGGAUUUUGGCUGGGAAGUACAGUAUUUCUUGUGUUGUAGUUAAGGUGAUCACAUCUGCUUGAUGUCACUGUUCCCUCUUGCAUGUUGUAGCAACUAAUGAAAGAUAGUAUUCAAGGAAACCCCCAGUUUCAUGGAUGGGCAAAUCCGUCUCAAAUCUGCUGCAGUCUAAAGCCUUUGUCGGACAUUGACUACAGAAAAUUUCAGAGGUUCUUGCCUGGAAAUAUUCCCAACUGGAUUGUUCACAAAAACACUGUCACAUGUUGGACUGGGAGGCAUUGACAGGAUUCAUGAGGGUGAAACCUUCCUAUUGCGUCAAAUAGAUGCUGUAGUAGUCACAAUGUAAUGUCUUACAAUCAUAUCCAAGAUGAAAACCAUGAUGUUUAUUGUAAACCACUUAAGUGGAGAUGAAGAGGGGUCAAGCGUUGAAAUCAGAGAAGACUGUUCCACUUGUUUUUGUUGCACUAAUGUAAUGAUGCUCAAUUUUUGUCAAAUGCCAACACAUUUAUGCCAGACAUAUUUAUUUCUGUCCUGCCUUGUUCUUCUUGAAGCUGUGAUAAUAAGAUAUUUAAUAUGUAUACUGUACAUAUGCUUGUAUGUGCAGGAGUACCAGGAGAACGGCCCCCUGUUCUCAGAGCUCAAGUUCUACCAGAGGGCAGCCAAACCAGAGAGCAGUGAGUAGCACCACCCGUCCAGCGCCACGGCAGCUCGCUGGAGCACGAGUGUGUUUGACUGAUGUAGUGGCCGCAGACACAGAGGCUUAGCUGCCUGCCGCACCGUAAUUAAUAAUAAGCCAAAGCAAACAUGCACCUCGGUGGCUGUUAGCCCCCCUCUCUGCGCUUGUCUGAGCUCUCCAACGCCUGCGUUUGGAGAGGGAGCCACUCACACGUAAUGAUGGCCGGGCCUCCGCUGAGCCCCUGACCACCUGCCAGCCUGGUUGAGCGCCAGUCAAGCCAGCCGCCAUGAAGCCCUGAGCCAGGCCUACUGCUUUGUCUGGGGCCUGUGCGUGUGUGUGGUGUGUGGGUGUGUGUGUGUGUUUGCAGUUGUUUUCACCUUGCUUGCUGUAAGAUUGAUAUUAGCAGGUAUGCUUUAAUACACUUACAAGGACAAACUCUGGACCAAACUUUUGCUUCUUUCUCUUUAAAUUUUGGGGCUUUUGUUCAGAAAAUUCUUUGAAUCAGUGCUACACUUGAGGGAAGUUCAAGGUUAGGAAACAAUAAGACUCAUUAAAAGUUUCAUAGUUACCAACCAUUUGCUUUAACUUUUUUUUUUUAAAUAUAUACAACUUAUUGACCCAAAGGUUUCUGCCUCCUCAACCCUGCCAUUGUGAUUUUGACUUUUAAUUUAGUUGGUGGUUUGACUCCAGUCAUUCAGUCUAUUCAUACUCCUAAUAUAAGACUUUGAAAAUGGUGAUGUGCUCACACAACUUGACAUAAUAACAUUUUUUUUAUUAUAACAGUGCAUCAAUGGAAGACAAGCAGGAAUCUGGACUUCUUGGGCAUCCCGACAUACUGGGGAUCAGGGCUUGCUGAAUAUGAUAACCUCAAGUAAGGAUUUUCAGAACUGGUGGGAGCUCCACUCUUUAUUUCAAUCAAAUGUGUAUUCAUUUUAUUUCACCCAUGUAAAGCGGGAAUCUUUUGAUAACUCUCACUUCAGUUCAACUUUGAUUUUCGAGGCCAAAAGUCGAUUCAGAAUGGCCUCCUAAUUCACAGUUAUGUUUUUGUUACAUAGGAUGACUUUUUCCUUGUUUAUCUAAACCUGUUGUAAGGAAUUAUUACAUGAUUUAAAGGAAAAUGUAUUUAUGUUUAUGCAGCUCUCAAAGGCAAGACUGUUGGUGACAGUAUCUGCUCGACAAGGAAUUUUCUCAGUACUUUACUUUGUUGUCAAAAGCCUGAUUGAUGUUGCAUUAUCAUUGUUCAUCAUCAUUCCUAUUCCUACUAUUAAUAGUAUGACUGUUGUUGUAGUGGUUGUAGUAGUACAGAUAUUACAGUUGUUUUUCUGCAUAAAGCUCGAGUGAGGAACUCUCAGUUUGUGUCAGUUUCGGUGCCUCCCUUGUGGUUUUUGCUGCUCUUGCCCUGUUCAAGCUUAGGUGGUGGUUUUUCUCUAUUAAAAAAAAAAUUCAUCCUGUUGACCUCUGCAGUCAGGUGUAUUAUUUAGUGAGAAUAUUUUAUAAUUGUGAGAACAGGGAUGUUUCUUCAGCUGCCCGGCUGAUAUCAACCUGCUCACACUGGUUUAAGACAAUAAAAAUUAGGAUUACCAAACUGCCAAUCUUGUUGCUAAUGAUCCCGUUGCUUUUAGAUAAGACAUAGAAUGGCAUUAAUAUUAAUUUCAUCUAUUUCAUAGAGGUCAAAAACUCCCAACAGGAGUUUAAAAAUUGUUAAUUUUUCAACAGUAAUUUCGAUUCAGUCUUGCAGUUAAUGACCCUGCAAAAUCGCCUGUUUUUGCAAAAUCCUGAGUGAAAACCUGUUGCUUGUUGACACAUUGUCUGUGGAUGUUAGUUAGUCUUUGCUGCAUCUUUAUAGAGUUUUUCCAGAGUCCUCUGGUGUAUGGCAUUAGUCUGUGUUAGAAAUUUUCACAGUUGAAACUCAGCUUUCUCUGAUUUAUUCCUUAACUUUGUUGGAGUGAAAAUGGUGGCAAGAUUAUUUAAAACAGAAACCUAAUGUGCACCAAUAAAAGUAAUGUGACUUCUGUCUGAAAAAGAGUUUUAUCUGUUCCAACAUUUAUACAAUUCCAUUACAGUGUUGAUUCAAAAAUAUCUUAUGAGAUGAAGGGCUGCUUUACUUUUUCUAUUUUUGUAAUACUCCCUAGAAAACUGUACACUGUUGAUACAUUUCAUGUCAAGGAUAAAAAAAAAAGGAUGUAAUUCAGAAUCAGGAAAAUCAAGUGCUUUAUUCUCUACUACACAGGUAUCGUUUCAUGGCUAUGGACCGUCUCGGCACUGACCUUCAGAAGAUGUGUGAUAAAAAUGGUGGUCGACUGAAGAAAGCCACUGUGCUGCAACUCGGCCAAGAACUGGUGAGAUCACCCUCACACUUCUAAACCACCACUCCUUUUUACUUGUUAUCGUCAUUUUUUGUUCAAGGUUCAUGCAGCUUUGACAGAUAAUGACCUCAUGUAACCCAAGAGGCCAACAGAACAUGACCCCUGAUAUGAAUUGAUCCUUUCUUCACACUCAGCUUCUCAUAAUCGUGUGUCUCUUGUGUGUCUCUGCUUUGUAUUUGGUUGUGUCAGGUGUCUAUGCUGGAGUAUAUUCAUGAACACGAGUACGUUCAUGCAGACAUUAAAGCUGCUAACCUCAUGCUGGGUUACAGAGACCCUGAAAAGGUGAGUCCACAGCUGACCUCUAUCAUUUGUGCUUCACGUACUACACAGGAGUGAGGUCUACUCUGUUGCACUGUAUGCACAUUUUAGAAGACAAGGUCUUGUCUUUUUGUUGGGUGGCUUUGAAAAAGUUACUCACUGUAGGUCUUGUUUGUGUCUGUCCUGUGCUUUAGGUCUAUCUAGCAGACUAUGGGCUGUCCUACAGAUACUGUCCUGAUGGAAACCACAAAGUAUACAAAGAAAAUCCCAAAAAAGGCCACAAUGGAACCAUUGAGUACACCAGCAUUGAUGCCCACAAAGGCCUGGGUAAGAUCUCUAAAGUAACAUGGGAAACUGAGUUAUUUCUCCUGCUCUGUCCAGCGACAGCUGCAGCUGCCAUUAAAUGCACAAUCCUCUCAAAAAUGAAAACACUGUCAGUCAAAAUUAAUACUGGUCAGAAUCCUUAUUAGGAAUAACAUGGGUCGGUUAGUGCAUUCAAUGGGAGAGUAUUUGUCAGGAAAUAUAUUUUUGUUUUCGCAUAUUUUAUUUACAUUUUCGCCCUGUGUAAAUCAGCCAACAUAUAACACAAAUAAAGCAGUACACUACCAGACUCCCACCCCAAAUCCCUCCCACAUGCUCUAAAACUUCCUUUGAAAAAUGCACAGUUACUUCACAACAAAUCCAAGAUAGAAAAAGAAAGUGAAUAAUAUAAAUUCAUAACACAACAGUCAACUAAAAUUAAACAGAAUGAACUGAAAACAAGGAGAUAUUUUUAAACACCAAGAUGGCAGCAGAGUCUGGUAACUACCAUGGCUUAUAACACCUUUUAUUACACCAUUUUGAACCUGGAACAGCAGCUUGAAGCAGGAUAGAUUAAUAUAAAAGCUGAAGAGAUGGAGAUAAACUCACCUCUGCUCUUCAAUAUGGUCCUUUGACUUUUACUGUGGAUACCUUUCGUUACUUGUCACAUUGAUAAAAAGUGAAAACAAAGUUACUGUACUCACUGUAUUUGUCUUUAUGCUGAUUUUUUUUAAACAGAAGUUGACAGCUAUUAUUAAACAUAUUACAUCAGUGGAUUCACAAACAGACUCAUGUUCCAGAGGUUAAGAGGGAAACAAAAUAAAGAGAAUAAGAGAAGUAAAUUAAAACCUAUUGAAGGAACAGUGGCUUUAAUCUUACAUACGAUUGUAAAACAUUAUCUCAUGACUACUGUCAUGAUCAGACUUCACAUUGUGAGGAUAAAAGUGUGAACAAAGGAGUCGGGUUAAGUUGCGGGUCAAAGCCUCUGAUAUCCAAACAUUUGCUUCUGUACAUUUAUUAGCUGAGGUUAACCUGAUGCCCCCACAAGACAUAUGCAGGCAUUAAUAACAGCUCUUUACAGCCCAUCUAAAGCUGAAACUUUGAACAUAACCUAAGACCAUCCAGGUUAUAAAGUUAUUGUAGGUUACCAUGGUUACUGUUGAAGACGAGCCAACUUUUUGACACCAAAAAACUCUGUCUCUGAACUCAACGGACUUGACUUACCCUUAAUUCCCACUUAAUGGAAUAUUGAUGUGGAAAAAAUACCUGCAGAUCAACUCACUCAUAACUCUAUAAUCAAGAUACUUCCUGAUUCCCCUGAGACUGCACAUUUUACUCCUAUUUUUGAUUUAGCUGUUUGGUGGUUUGUGAAAGAACGACAGGUGUUCACAGUAACAAAAAUAACACAUGUUUACGGUAUCUACCUUCACCCCGCAAUAAGCUGUGUCCUUUUAGUUUGCAGUCUUAGUUCAUCAAUACAUGUAAAAUAGUCUCUCUGCCCCACCACCCUCUGACUCCCUCGGCUGAUAUUGGGAACACAUUAACUGGCAAAUUGCCUACAUGCUCCCUCUCUUCAUUGACCAUCGAUUCCCCAUCCACUGCCCCCGCUGAAUCCUCCGGUACCGUCUCUGUUUAACAAUUCCCCAAUUAGCUGAAGUCAUAACCUGCAUCGUGUAUUCAUCCCCCAUUAAUUAAGAGCUUUGAUGUUUGGUUAGAGUGCGGCCCGAGCCACAGAUAACCUCUAUGAGCUCUGCACAGGCCAACUCCACUCCCUUUCAGUUCGAUACUGUGAGUUAGCAUGGCUCAGCCUGCCUAAUCGCCACGGUAGUGUUUCUAUCAACCCGAUCGAUAAGUGAAAGAGAGGGAGAAAACGUCUCCGUCAGCAAUAACUAUGAGAUGAAAGUCAAUUUUAAUAUGAUUGAGAAAGGGGAUGGGAGACUGAGAGAACACACCUUUUUGCUAUUCUACAUGAACAAGCCUUUUCUUAGAACAACCACAGAAUUAUGAGAAACCUCAGAGGGAGCAUCAUCUGUUCCACGGACUGAGCGCACCACCAGCUUCUGUACAGUGUAUUUUUUAAACUGACAAGCCUAGGGUUAUGUCUUACUCACAUAAUAAUUUGAAUAAAGUAGAAUAAAUACAACUCCAAUUACAAGAAGUAUGGACACUGUAAGAUGUUGAAAAAACACAAAAUAGUGCAGAGACAGCAUGCCAAAUGUUGAAAUAUAAAAAUCUUAAUGCUAUAAAAAUAAAUGCUUGGUUAGUCAAAGGAACACUUUCUGAAAGAGUUGAGACUGGCAUGUUUACCGUUGAGUUGCAUCACCUCCUGAUUAAUGUUUGAGACCUGUGGAGGCCAGUUUCAGGAGUAUUCAAAAUGAAUUGUUGUCCCAUUCACCCCUGAGAUUGGCUUUCAGCGGUUCAACAGUUACAGGCCUCUUUUGUCUUAUUUUUAUUUCUUUCAGCAGGAAAAUGUCCUCAAUGGGUGACAAGUCAGGGCUGCAGGCAGGCCAGUUUAACACUCUGACUCUUUGGGGAGCUUUAACUGUUGUAAUAUGUGCAGAAUGUGGUUUGGCAUUGUCAGAGUCUUUCCUGAAGACAGAAUUGUCUAGAUAGAAGAAUAUGUUUUUCUAAAAUGUGUGUAUAUUGUCUGUUAGCAUUUAUGGCACCCCCCGAAAUAUGUAAGCUUUGUAUACCAUGGGCACUUCAGUACCCCAUAGCACUACAGAUUCUUGCUUUUUAGCUGUGCCCCCAGAGCAAGCCAGGUGGUCCCUUUCCUCUAUAAGGCAGAGGAUGUCUCAGCCCAGUGAAGUAUCUGGUAUUUCCGGAUCACUAAACCACAUGUUUCGUUUCUGCUGUAAGGUACAAUUGUCAUGUUUUUGAAGAUUUAAUAUAAGGUUUUUCGCCUUUAUUUUGAGUAUCAGACAGUGGACUGGGUAGAAAUUCUGUCUUUGUCAACAUUUCACAGGGCAUAGCAACUUUUUGGGGUCGUAUAUGUAACCCAGCCCAAAAUACUGUUAUUUCAAUGUCUGUGAGAUGUUUUUAUAAUGAGUUUGAUGUAGAAACGCAAUAACGUUUCAUUGAUUUGUCUCUAGAUGACUCUUACUUUCACUUUUGAUAACUGACAGUUGCAGUUUGGCUGGCUGCUCAAUGUUGACUGUCAUGUUUUUUAUAAUUGUUGCUGUUGUCAUACUGGCUGUGUGCGUGCUUGUGUAAUGGGCCAUGCCUUCUGAGUAUAUGGUUGUAAUAAUCAAGGUGUUUCCAAAUUAGGUUUUUCUAAUUAUAUAAGUUUUAGUUUCACUUUUCAUUAAAAAAAAAAAACAAACUAAAUAUAAGUAAAAUUGUAAAAACUUGUUUCAUAAAUAAUUGCUCUAAAUCUAUUUUUCACACCAUACUCUAGUUGCAUUUAUACAGUUGUUCUGUAUCUCAUGAGGCUUUAAACAUACUCAAAAAAAAAAAAAAAAAAAAAAAGAUGAGUGUAUUUUAUGCUGCGCUUGGAGAUUAUGACAGAGGACAAGACCCUUAACUGACCUUAUGGCACCAAUCCAUGCAAAGAUGUUGACAGGUUGCCAUGGUGAGGUUUGGUGAAUGCAGCUGCCGCCUGGCAGGCCUUUGAACCCGAGCUAAACGGUGUAAUUACCACCAUUCGUUGGGCGUCCGGCAGACAGAACACCGUCUCCAAACGACAAGACUGUGAAGCACAAGGGUUAAGAGUGUGACACUGCAGCAUGCUUUAGGGAAUCUGAAUAACAAUAGAAGAUAAUUAACAACAACAGCACUGCUGCCUAACCUCUCUGUCUAAAACAUGUAGAGAACAUGUGAGCUGUGUGUGUGUUUGUAUGUACAUGUGUGUUUUCAAGAAAUCUCCCUUUGAGAGCUAUUUAGGUGUGUGUGUGUGCAAGGAAGCGUGUGUAUGUGUGCAUUUGCACAUCUCUCUGCUCCAUUGUCUUUUGCCUCUUCUCAUAUGAGGGCGAAACACAUUAAAUACAGAAGAGCAGACACACCAAACACUAUCAUGAGCUCAGAUAAGGUGCCCAGAGCACAUGCAGAGGGCAGCAGAGCUUAAUGUAGUUGUUGAUCUUUUUAAUUGUUAAUCUAUUUUGCUGCUCUGGGAGUUUCAGCACUUUUUUCCAGCGUCAGUAUUGCAUGUAUUUUUCAUCUUUAUUCUCCUUUAACAGGCUCUCAGUAGCAGUGAAGAGUUGUGUAAUUAUUUACAACAAUAGGAUACUGCACUGUAAUGCUGAGUGACUACAUACUUAACUCCCACAAGGGCAAACUUACACCUUUUAUUUAUUAUCAGAGCUGCUGAGCAAUAGACAACAUUUUUGGAGGGAAUCUACAUUCAACAAUGUGAUUUUAUUCCAGGUUUAUUGGAGCCUGUUUGAUUCUAUUUCAUUUAUUUAUUCAUUCAUUUUAUGCACCAUCUUCAAUUUUGUACAUUUCUCUGAUGAAUUGCAAUUUUUUGGUCUUUGAAGUUAAAUUUUGAGUAUUUUAUCUUCAUUAGAUAUGUUGAAGAGAGACAGGAGAACAAGCGAUGGGGGAAAUUAUUCGGCAAAGUAUUGCAGUUGAGUUGCCAGUUAAGCUGCAAAUAGGACCGUAGUAUCUGUAGGGCAAAUACUCAAAACUACAAGGCCAACCGCUGCUGUAUAUUUUUGUACUUUUUGACUUCUUCUUGGUUUUCUCAAUAUAAACAAACCAACAUCAAUCAACCAGACUUAGUAUUGUGGAUCGAUAUGAUCCACAGUUAUUGCACCAGAGCCUGUGAUCAGAUGGCAACACAUCUCCAGCAAAUAUUUUCUCCAUAGCAACAGUCUGCUGUCAGGAAAUAGCUGACUGUUGCUUUGUGAUGACCAAUCAGAAGUUAAGUAUUUAACACAGCAAUGUGAUGAACACAUAUUUAACAUUUCAAAACUGUUUGUUCAGUUUCAAAAAAGUUACUUGAAACCCCAAAAUAUCUUCUAUGUUUUUUUUUUAGCUCAAACAUGCAAGUACAGCAGCUGUCUCGAUCCUUUCACCCCCUCCUCGUUUAGUAUCAUCAGCCUCUUUAAACACUCCUCAUCGAUUGUUUAUCCUCCCUUCUGGGCCUAAUCAUCAGAGUUUCACGUGCUGACCCCUAAGUUUUUCGUUCACACUCAACAUUAAGUUGCGUCUUUUUCCUCUUGUAAUCUCCUUGACAAAACCCUAAUGUUUUGAGAUCUCUCUUCUGGUUUGAUGCUGAUAUUUUAUUGACUCAAAUUCUGUCAACUUGUAAUCAGAUUACAGCCCAUCCAUUCCAUGUAAUCUUGUCCUGUGUGGCUGCGGCCAUGCUUCCUCUUUAGAUCGGCCUGUUGGCUCUGGAGGAUCAAUGCAUGCCGUGGCUCAAGGAGGAGAUUUCUCCCCUCUGAUGGAGCCAGUCGAUAGGUAAUUUCUCCGGAGACGUGUGGUGACUGUUACAGUAUUGAGCUUCUAAAACUCCCCGGGCUCGACCCUUCUGGAUGGACUCGGUCGACUUGUAUUGAUAGACCUCACACAUUAAUGUAGACCCUGCAAUCAAACACACUCUCAAUGAGAUGCAAACACACUCUGAAUUUGUGUUUGAAGAAAACUGAAAAUGUGGUGAGCCACACUGUCAUGUAAGUUUUCUUGCAAUUCCUGAAACGUUCUUUUUAUGAUUUGUAACAGCUUUGUGUUUCAUACACAUUUGUACAGCUGUAAACCAGAGUAAUACAAUACCAAUUUCAUUAACUGUCAAAUCAACAUAGCAUUCUCAAAACUGCAGAAAAUAACAGCAGGACCUGUCCUCUGUUGGUGCAUUUUCUCACUUAACCAGUCCUGUAACUUUGCCAAAAUCCAUCUUACACCGUGUUGAGGUUUAUGUUUGCUUUGUGUCUAUUUUCUUCAAUUCAGCAGACGUCUGUUUCAUUCAGCUCCUUCUGUUUUGAAAUCCCUUGAUUGUCUUGGAGCUGUUUCUUCUUGCUCUUCUUGUUUCUUCUUGUUCCAGCUAAGAUACACAGAGACAAAGUGUUUGCUCCAAAUGAAUUGAGAGUAAUAUUAAAGAUGUCAGAUCAGAUGCUCUUUUGACCUUACAUUUUUGCCACAUUGUCAACAGGAAGAGAUAAAAUUAUAGACUUUUAAAUGUGCAGAAGUCCUUUCCUUGGAUUAAUUUGAUUUAAUGUGUUAAAGUUGUUCCUGAUCCCACUCUUGCUAUUUAGAGGUAACUGCAGUUACAGGGCUUUCACCAAUCAGGGUCAAGAAUUUGAAACGGGCAGGUGAUGAGUCAGUGAAAAUUAAAAAAUGGUAGAUAUUCUUUGAGAAAUGGGUUUAUUUAAAUAUAACAGUCCCAAUGCACAAUCCUUCGAAAGUCUUUAUCUUAUCCUAAUUAAUUAAUAAAUUGAAAUAGCAUGUUACCCUUUAAAACCUCAAUGUCCCAGCUUUAAUGUAGGUUUUCCUCUUUUAUCUGUAAUUUCCUGUCUUUUACAUUGUUGAAAAACCAUGUGCUUAUGUCAAACACUACAUUUUUCUUGAUGUCAGUAAGCCUGAUACUUAGAUGGAAGAUUUGGACAUACUAUGCUAGUACCUCUUCGUUUUACUUGGGUCUUUUGCGCUGAGCAGAGCUGGUUAUUUGGAAACUUUUAAAUUCUUGUUGAAAAAUCAGAGUUUUAGUUGAUAUUGGCAUGCUUACAUACGGUGAACAUGAUAAAUACUACUUUAUCUGUACUUGUUAAAGAGAGAGUAUUAUGCGUUUUUUUCAGACUCUAUACUUCCUCUCUGAUACCUCUUUAAUAUCUUUACAUGAUUUUCAGACCAAUAAAAGCCAACAAUGUAUGGUCAUUAUAGUUUUUGUUGUAAAUGUGAAAAAGCACAAUACCACCCCUUUAAAAAAAAAAAUCUUACAGCUACUUUUACCUGCACCCUUUAAAAGACAAAAACCUGUAGUUUUCUUUAUCUUUCAAGUGUACACAUAAAACUCAAUAGUUUCCAACCACUGGAGAACACUGUCAGUGUUUAUCUAAUUCAUACAAGGUCAGCCGUGCAGUAUUGUUUACUUGUGAAAUGUGUGAUUCUUCAAGUAUUUUUAAACCUGUCAGUGUCAGGGAAGAAAAACAAGAUUUUUUCUUCUUUUUCUCUGUUUCCUUUCACUAAUUAUGGUUCAGGUAAAAUACAGUGCAGUGAAGACAAAUGUGAAAAAGACAGACAUAUAGGAAGCUGAAAUCUUUUACCAUGAAUCAGUAUCCUGUAGGUUGUACAAGACUGUCCCAUUAACAGAGCUUUCUAGUAUGUCUCUGUUAAGCCUUUCCAAUUUUUAUUUAUUUAUUUUUUUUGACAUAUUUCCUACUUAAAAAAAAAAGAUAAGCCUUUUCGUGCUUUUUCUUUUGCUUUGACAAAUAUUAAACCUCUCUCAAGGAAGAAAAAAAGCAAAUAUUUUGACAAAAAAAGAUCAAGGCUCUCACAAAGUGCGACGUGAGGGAGUCAGAUGAUCAAAAAAUAAAUUGAUAAAAACAACAAGGACUUGUUUCUGUUGUUCGUUUGUUUCUGACCAUCUCAUCUCUCUGUCUUUUGUAGCUCCAUCCAGACGUGGUGACCUCCAGAUUUUAGGUUUUUGUCUUCUUCACUGGUUGUGUGGAUCGCUGCCAUGGGAUAAUGUGUUAAAGAACCCAGCACAGGUCCAGGACGCCAAAGCCAGGUACGAGGAUUUCACCUGAACUGAACGCAAUGAUCAGACAGUCACACUCUGAGAGUGUCCCAUAGUCUCAUGUUAAUCACAUGCUUACAGCAGAUAUCACAUUACAUCACUUUGCAUGGUGCCACUUGUUGUCUUUACUGCCUCAGUCAGAUAUACACAUCUGCUACUCCUGUUUGCACUUUAUAAACAGGAUGACCUUCGGUGUAAACACAAGUUUAGGUAACUCCUUAGUCCACUGUCUCCAUUUUGCAGAAACAAGCUAACAGCUUUGUUGUGUAAGAAAGCCAAAGAGAAGUAAGAAAGUUUGAAGUAGUGGACUUGCCCAUCGCCUAAGCAAUCUCCCUCCAGCUAACUGCCACUUAAACAAGGUUUCUGUUGUGAAACGAGGAGGUACAAUACAAGUAAUCCUCAUCUGAUCCUCGUGAUGGAACAGCUCCUUGUCCAUCUCUACACAAGCAACUAGACAGAGAAAAUAGAAACAAGAGCUAUACAAUAGAAACAGGGGAGUCAGGGCCAGAGUAGUGCAUUGCUUUUCACUGUAUUUCAUUGCUGGGUACUUUGUUGCUCUGUGCCAUAUUGCGCUGCUAUUCAAAAAUCUUUCUUAAAUGACAAGAGGCAGACACAAGAGUUCGGGACAUGUAAUGAAAGUGCAUUCGAUUCUUGCAAGAAUGGAGCACAAACAAUGCAUUGAGUUAAAGUGGUCCUCGAUUGUGGGGGUUCAGCGUCUUCUAUCCUUGCCGUCUCAGUCUUCUUGGAUCUUCAUAACUGGACCUUUCAUAGUUUAAACAUCACAGUGACCUCCAUAACAUGAUUUCUAUUCUACAACCUCAAUGCUUAUCUGGGAUAGCAUUCGUCCAUCAGCUGCGCUUUGUUGCUUUGGGAUACAAUGCCCAGCUGUCUGUUGCUCUUCACUUUGUUGGUCUGAGCUAUGUUGCACUGUCCGUCAUUGCGCUGCAUUUCAUCACUCUGUAUUUAAGAGCUGUUUUUUGUUACUCAGUGCUGCAUUGAUCUGCGCUUCAUUACUAUUUUGCUUUGUUGCUCUGCAUUUCUCUGCUCAGCUCUGCAUUGCUCUCUGCUUGGCUGUUACGCACUAUGUUGCUCUGUGCUUUGUUGCUCAGCUUCUCAUUGCUUUGUGUUUCACAUUGUUCAGUUUUGUUGCUCUUCACUGCAGUAACCCGCGCUUCUUCUUUACGCUUUGUGCAACAUUGCUCUGUGCUUAGUUACUUUUUGCUUUGUCGCUCUGUGUUUUGUUUCUCAGCACUGUACUACCUCUCUCAUGGGGCAGCAAUGACACUGAUAAAGAGUCAAAUAGGAUACGAUGUCAACAAGGUUUUUUCAUUUCCAACACUUGAUCACAUCACAUUUUCCUACUGAGUAACUCUGUUGCAGUCACAAAACAGUGAUAGCCACUCGUGAUCGUGUUCAAAGUCAAUAGAUGAAGCAGAGUAUGCCAAAAGGUAAAUCUGUCAUAUCAUUGUGCAAUAGACAGCUAUUAGACGUCUAGUUUUUCUUUUUUUGGAGCAAAUUUUUUGUACAUUUUUAGACGGAAUUUAGAUGUUGCACUUUAAUCCAUUAUUCGAUAACUAUUUAUUUAAAAAGGCAACUGUGAGUUGCAUAACUGAUCGCUAAGUAUUUAAUCAAAAUAAUUAUGAUAGCCUUUGAGCAAUGUACAGUGUAGUAUAGGUAUAGCCCAGAUUUAGAUUUAGUCUAAACUUGGUCUAAAUUUAGACGACUAAAAAAACGUUCAUUUUUAGACCUGUGGUAGCCUGAUUUUAGACCAGUCAUCUAUGCUACAUUUAGACGUCUAUUAGACCUCUUUCAGACCAAAAAAAAAUGCUUAGUGGGACGUGACUGAAAAGAUCUUUUAUAAGCUGAUCACAUUGAAGUACAGACUUUUACCAAAUGCUGUUUACUCAUUUUAUUCACACUCACUGUAGGAGUAAAAAAAUUCUUGUUCCAGCUUGUUCUUCUUCUGCAUUUCUCACCCUAUUGCAACCCCUGAACUCCGUCUUUCAUAAUGAUCCUGUCCUCUCUUGAUCACUGCUUUAUCUCCUCUCCUCUCCCUUACAGGCUGAUGGAUAAUCUGCCAGUCUCAGUCCAGCAGCUGUCAGUAAGCGGAGCCAGCACAGGUAAGCCAAGGACCACAGGGCUUCUUUGGGUUACAGGAUGUCAUUUACACUUCUUACACUUCUCAGGUUAAUCUUAAAAAAAAAAUUUGAAAUGAGACAAGCCUGUGGAGAAGGGAAGAAUCUCUGUGUCUAAUCUUCUGCUCUUUUAAUGGAGAGCCAGAGGAAUGGCCACAGCCAAAACUGAUUUAGAUACCAGGCUGAUGUGCACAGGGUACAUGGGUAAUAACUGCUGUACACUUGCAUCCCUGUUCACAUCGAAAAAAAUAUUAUUAAAAAGACUUUGGAUCAUAAAAAAAGGUAUAAUUAAUCUUAUUCCUGCUCUUGCACAUAAUCAGUCCCCACUUGGUUUGCUUGUUCUCAAACUGUAUUCUUCCUAGUACACAUUUCCUGCAUUCACGGUUCUGCCCUUCUUGCACUCAGUAAGAAACAACCCUCUCAAAAUAAACAAAAAAAAAACAGGAAUGUCUUCCUAGUGUUUCUCACGAGGAUGCGUACAGUGUAAGGACAAAUUGAAAAUCUAAGCUCAAGCAUAAACCAUUUGAGUGGCUAAGCAGGAUUUUAGAAGAUAGUUAUCUUAUUGGAAGAAACAGAGUAACAAAAACCUUGUUUUAUUGCCCCAGAGGCUGCAGAAAGGCUCGACAAGAGGUUACACCUGACUGUGCAAAUUAUGGGCAUGUAUUCAACAUUUCUUUUCAUCCUCACAUAUGCAGACAGCUCUGAGAACUUACUUUCUUUUAAAGUCAUGCUGAGUCAUGCUCACAGCGCUGUUUACAACUGGUGCUCACUCAAGACUACCCUCCAUAGGCAUGCUCACGAUGUUCCUCUGUGAUGUUUGAGCACAGACUGUAUAAUAAACGGACUGAUCACUGACAUCCCCCAUUUGUUUGUGAAGCAGAGUUCUGGAGCCUAUUAGUGACCUCCAUAUUGGUCAUGCUUACUCAGCCGAACUUUUGACUGACCAGCUAGAGACGGAUCUUUAGUCUCCUUGUAAAUAGCUGCAGUGUGCCCACUUGUCAGUGAAGUCUGAAUCGCCAGUCUCGCAACUUUGAUAUCUUCAAAAACAAAGCACAAAAAAAAAACAUCCACUUUACAAAUAGUGUGACCAGUGGAACCCUGAGCUAUUCAUGGUUCCUAUAACAGAGCUAUAACAGUUUUUGGACCAGGUUGUAAAUAGGUUUAUUUUUGCUCUUAAAAACAGUCUGUUUUGGCUAAGUGGCCUGCAGCUAGUCUCAAGCAGGCAGUAAGAAAGCUGCAGUUUUUAGCACUACCGCACUGGAUUCAUUUCUUAAGACUAGAGGUGCUGCUUGUGUUUGACGGACUGAUUACACAUUAUCUUUACCUACUGGUCUGGCAUGCUUAUUUGAGUCUUUUCGACCAUUCCUGCAUCGUCACAUGCACAAAAUAUUGAUGCCGCAUUCCAGUUACCUCGGAAUUCAGAGCUGGGAAUGACGUUACACCUGAGUUGACAGUGUUCCAGUUAACAAGUCGGAAAACCAAGAUGGACGCCUACAGUUAGCGGUUGUUAGCUAGUGUUAGUUGUUGUUAGCGAUACCAGUUGUAAACAAUGCAUAACGCAGUAUUUUACUCUUACAAACACCAUAACACUGUGUUCACAGUUAGACAUUGGGCAGCACGACAUAUACCACUUAUUUGAUUUCACAAAAACAAAACAGAAGGGCUAAUAAACAAUCCAUUACAAGAGCUUUCACUGUUACUCUUUACUGUUGAUGCACUGCGCUGCCAUCUUGAAUUAUGACGUUGUCAAGUCAGGGUUGGCGAGGACCGCCCAACUUUCGGAGUCGGAGUCGGUUCCAGAUGAGUUUCCGACUCGGAGCUCGGAAAUCCCGACUUCAGAGUACAACUGGAACGCAGCAUUAAAAUCAGCUCUAGUGGGGACAGGUGUUGCCAGAGGGAUGUCACCCAUUGGUUUCUGGUUAAAUACAGUCGCCAUUCUUAGCUGCACCUAGCUAACGAAAUCUAAUUUAGAAGCCAGUAGAGAAGUGAAGUUGAGGCCAUGCCAUCAAGCAAACACCUACGAUGUACCCACCUGUCGACCAGACCAGCCACACCUCCAACAACCAAAACCCUCAGCAUAAAUGAAAUCCCAGUUGAUGUCCUUUGUUAAAAGUUGACAGAACCAAAGCUCUUCACCUGCUGUUUGACGCUGCAUCUCUCCCUCGGUCACCUGAAGCUCUUGAAUAACUUUGUAGGAGUUAAACAGCUGUCCCGUCGACAUGCCUUUCAAACUUUGUCGUGUUUUAUCUCUCCUCUUUAUGGAGAGGUCACUCCUGUGUGAGGGCUUAGUGUGUGAUGUAUAGUUGGGAGCGGGUGCUCCUCCGCUGACAAGAACCGGCUGCCUGCCUCAGAUAAGAGCCGGAGAAUGCAUCACAACUGAGUGUGUGUGAGAGAGAUACAAGUUUCAGCGCAGUAUGUGUCAUAUGCGUCGUCUGGCCAGUGUGUGAUGCAUAGCGGCUGACUGUGUAUGACACUUCAACACACACACAAAAUGCAUAUCCUCAGCUGUGCCUAAUCUGCCCUCUUUGGGAGAUACAUUGCCGAGCGGUGUAUUAUCUGGACUGUGAGACCUUCAGGUUCAGCCGGCUUUUGCUGCUGCAUGACUCAGGUCUGCUAGAAAUGUUGAAACUGAGGGUGCUGCAGAGUAACUGAGCUCUGUGCUCGUCUGAGGUGGUACAAUAAAUGCAGUGUCUGAUAAACACUCAAGCAGCAGAUGACUGUGUUUCAUGCGGUUGAUGAAUUAUUGUUACAGAUUCAUGAUUUGAACAUUGUGACCUGUUGGAUGUCCUCUGUGUUUCUCUCUUUAGAUGAGGUGGCUGCAUUCCUCUGUUGUGUUAAGACUCUGGACUACCAACAAAAGCCAGACUACCAGAAUCUCAGAAAACUGUUGGGCGGUGUUGUUAAAGGAAAACUAGACUUCUCUAUGCCUAAAGGAACAGCAGGAGAGUCCACCUCCAAUCAACAAGAUCCCCCCAUGAAAGAAAAGGUAAGAACAUGACAACUUUGAAUCAACCCUGGCUUCUCUCCUGAGAAGCCAUGGGACACUUCGAUUGUGUCAUGUAUUUUCCUAAAUCCAGCCUAUUUUGACAUUCUCCAUAUUUGCAUUUACAGUUUACACUUGCUCAAAAAAAUCAGUCAGUAUUCACUCUCUUAGAUGUGUUGACAAUGACACUGUCACACCGCCUGGUUUUACCACAUCACCAAGAUGGAUACACAGCGAGGUUUAAUCACAGACUUCUUCAACAGCUGACAUAAAUAAAGACCUUUUAAAAUCAUUUUCACCUUUCAUAAGGGAUCAAAACUGAUAAGGUUUAUUAAUACGAUGCUGUUAUUGAUUCUGCUUAUCACUCCAGUUCUUUAUCAACUCCCCAUUAAUUUCUGUGGAUUAUCUAUGAGAAAUCGGUGGCCUGUGUAGGUUUUCAUUAUGAGCUUACCUCCACUCUGCUGAGAGGGGAAGCUGGGCUUACGUUUGGGCCCUUGAAGAUCAGCUGAUUGUAGAUACAGCCUCUGAUUGGUUGACAGAAUGUAAAAAAUGGCAGCCUUUCAUUAGCAGAGUCAGCUAACUACGAAGUCACACUAAUUGCUGCUUCUGAUCUGGAAAUGGUUUUUGAUUCCCAUCUCUGUCUAUUUAUUAUGUCAAUGUGGGACACUUGUCAGAGGGGCUUUGGCCCCAAAACUCCUUUUACAUCUGAUUCUGGCCAUGUCUUGAAAUGAGCUGUUAGGGAAACCUGGAAAAAAACAUGGCAGGGGAUUAUCUGUGCAUCUCAUGCUAUGCCACACAGAUGGCCCCACAAAGUGUUGCAGUAAUAUGAGAAUUUUUAUCCCUGCUGCAGUGCAAAUUAAAGUCAAACAGUAUUGAUACAUGCAACAAAAUAUAUAUAUAUAAAAUAAAAUAAAAAGAUCUUCCUGGGUUACCUGGUCUGGAUUGACUGAUGAGAGUAUUACAAAGUCAUGAGUUAAAGUGAGACUCAGCUGCCUUCAAACUAAUGUCUGAUGUGUAAAUCUCCGACCGCAAGAAUAAAAUAUCUUCAUCCAUUUCCAUCUGUUGACAUUUGACUCAAACAUGAAUGUACAAGAUGAUUCUUCUUCUGUGUCUUUGACUGCUUUCCAGACACGACCUGCUCCACAUGAGGCUACAGGCCUAACCACUAAAUGUUGGAUAUAAACAGAAAGAGCCAGAGGGGAAUUUUUCAACAUGGUUUUCUUCUUAAUUCAAUGAGCAUUCAACAACUUGAGCGCUGGUCAAAAUGAUUGCCGUUUCCUCUGUUGAGUCUCUUGACCUCAGAGUGGAGAAACGUGACAACGGUGAAGGGGAGGGUUAAUCCGCCCCUACCCCCCCACCAGCACCCCACAAUGAGUGUGUUAACGGGGGGUGGGCAGGUCUUAAGCUGGAAGAGGACUGUGAUUCUCCUCAAUUUUGCCACAAUCACUUCUUGACCCCUCGGGCCCAGCGAGCGCCCUCUCAAUGGCCCAAUUUGAAGAAGUUGAUGACACACACUUUCCACAGUGCAGGGCGUCUCCAAUUAUGUUCCUGAUUUCCUCUCCUCUCCUUGUGUCAUUUCAUUUCCAUGCUAAAGUGCUGGCCAGUUUGAUCCCUAGUUAAACAGAAGUGGCCAUUUACUGGCGGUUUAGCGAGGGGAGUAAAGGCCAUUCAACAGGCACGUUCCCAGAGCCACAACAGUUGUUUAAAUAAGUGAUUGUAUGAGGGACAAUUAAAGUUGUGUUGCGGCAAGUUUUUUUUUAAGAGAAACUGGCCAUUUUUCCUUUUAAAUGAAGACGAAAACUAAGCUUGAGCACUUGCAUGGACAUAGAAAUCUCCAGACCAUAAUAUUUGUCACUGUUCAAACAGAAAGCAGGACGAGCCAGAAGACCCUCUAAAGCCAAGACUGCAGCCACAGAGGAAGACGAGGACAAAGAAGAGGAGAAGAGAAAGUCUAAACCAGUGCCUGCCCGCUAUCUAAGAGGACCUCCACCCUCAAAACCUCAAGCUCCACAGGUAACAGCCUUCUCAGGUGUUUCUUCAAGUGUUAAAGCCACUUAAAAUGAAUUAGCUGAGGCUCUGGUUGUUUCCUGGGACUUGUUGGUGUGUGGUGUUGGGAGCUCUCUCAGCACAGAAUUCUGGAAACAAGAUGGCAUUCUCAAGAGUGGCUGGGUUUUUCUUUGAUACUACCUCAGUGAAAUAUUCAAGUAAUUUAUCUACAACUCAAAGAGGUGACCUGGAACGCAUUUUGAAUCAGAGUACAAAUCUGCUUGUUGGACAUAUGCAUUUAUAUGUGUUUUUUUGACACAUCCUGUUAUAUUAAAGGUACAGUGUGUAGUAUUUUGCGGCAUUAAACAAAGCCGACUCUGUAGAAAUGGAGUAUCUGUAUGUUUAAAUCAGUGUAAAAUCACCUGAAUAUAAAUAUCAUUUUGUUUUUAUUUAAGAAGGAGCCUUUUACACCUGCAUGAGAGCCAGUCCCUGUGCAAAUUCACAACUGCAAAGACCAAGAAAAAACCAAGUGUUUUUUGCACCCAAAUUGAUUGUAUGUAUACAGUUUUUAUGGUAAAGAGGGUCAUACCAUUUAUGCAUCACAGGAGCUUUUUGUCCUCUAAAGGCCACCAUCAUUUCACUAACAGGCCUGACUGAACAUUCCCAUUUCUACACUCAGUCCCUUUUGUAUUGGCAGGAGUAAGUCGCUGUUUGUGUUUGUUAGCAGGCUGCGCAUGUUCUUUGAUACGGAGAUAGCCACCUGCUUGCAGCACUGCUAAUGACCUUGUGCUAAUCAAGUAUGAUUAGGUUCGGAUUAGCCCUUUGUUUGUGCGUGUCUUUUGUAGCAAAGGCUGCAACAAAGCUUUGAUUUCUCUGAGGCAAAGAACUCAGUUGAUAAAUCCACUUUUAGAAAAUUUAAUUGGCGCUAUUUAAUUGUUCAAAAAGAUGAUAUAAUUAAGAAAAAAAAAAGAUAUUUUAAUGUUGCAUUUAAACGAUGAAAUGAAGCUGCACUGAAAGAAUCAGUUUCAUUGUUUAGAUUGUUUUAAAUGGUUCAUCCAUUCAACUAUAAUAUCUACUCAACACAAAACACGUCAGCUGCUCACCUGUUUCACAAUCAAAAAUUAGGCCAGGCUUUACUUUAAAAAACAAACAAAAAAAAAAAAACAGUGUGUUGAAUGGUGAAUAAGAAUUGUGUUUUGUGUUUUUAAUUUGUUGUUUGCACACAAUUUCUGUGACCCGAUACCAGGGUGCUGAUUGAGUUUCCACAUCUGAUCGUUUUUGGUGAAGCGAUUCAACCCGAUGACUUUGAAUCUAUGGGGGCAGGAGGUCUGGGGUCCUCUAUGUUAAAUAUUACUUCUUAAAUGUAAGGUUACAAAAAUAGAUUCUCACACACACUCAGUCCUCUCAAUGCACAUAGCCUCUUGUCCACCUCACCUCCUUUCGUUUCAUCUUUUCACUUCCUUCUUCAUCAGCUGUUUUAAAAUACAACAUACAAAACCAUCAAAGUAACACUAACUCACCUUUAAACAUGAUUUUUUUAUGUUCCUGCUCGCACAGUAUGUGAUUUCUGUGUGUAGACUAGUUAAUGAAGUAGCCUGUUUCAACAACUUCAAACUCUGACUGAGCACAGUGAACAGCUGCACAACACUGCUGAAACAAUGGCGGCUGGAAAUGCAGAAAGUCAGACAACAGGAGUGAUGCACUGGAGGAUGCUGCUCUCUGAUUUACCUGCAAAGCAAGUUUCACGUGUGACUUUCAACAGAGUCAAAGGAAAGAGAGUAAGAGGCGAUCAUCCACUAGUUUGAUCCAUUUUGGAGAGCUAUUGAAUACAGAUACAAAAAUAUUGAGUGUUAGGUGUGGGGAACAGUGGCGUCAUCUUGCAUAUGCUUAUAAUGUUACGCCGCCGAACAUGUAUGAAAGAAUUACAAGCUGUUGUUUUUGUUCACAGAGGGAAGAUGGAGCUUCAUCUGCUGCUGGCAGAUCACUGAGGCCGAAGAGAGUUCCUCCAACGAGAUAUGAAGAUGACAGUGAAAGUGAAGGAGAUGAUGAAGAUGAUGAAGAGGAGGAGAGGGCCAGACCCACACCCAUUCCUGCAUGCUACCUGAGAGGGCCUCCGAUCGGCCCCAGAAAUCAGACGAAACAGGUGUGAAGAUACCAGAGCUGCAUAAAGCUGCUUUUACUCUUUUUUUCUUGGGUUGAAAUUGUUUGAAAUUUUUGAAAAGAACAAUUGGAGUAUAUUUUAGUUAUUCUGCUUUGAUAGAGACGUGGAAAAACCAGAAGGCUUUUGAUGUGACUCGACUUUUUAAGCUUUGAAAAACACGAAUGUAUUAGUUCACGCGUUCACACAAUUUUAUUUAUAUUUACUUUUUGACACAUAUUCACAUUUUGGUUAGAAGAAUGUUUUUGUUAGUGAUACUUACUAAAAAGCAAACACAUAAACUACCCUUUUUAACAGAGACAUGAAUUGGAACGGAGGUACUGGGUAGCAGAAGACUUAACCAUAACCGGAAGGCCACUGGAAGGACAAGUUCACCCACAGAGGAGAAAUCACCUUGCAGCUAACUUUGACACGGAGGAAACACGCACAGACCCCUGGGAAACGUCAAAUGAGAGGCUGGUGUACCACGGAGAAGGUGGCAUGUAUCAACAGUGGUCAAACAGCGGCUACAGGGACUGUUGUGGUGAACGUAAAGAGUCUGUACUCAAGAGUCCGAAACAGGAAGCAGGUCCCUCACAGAGGAGGGGGCUGCUGACAUGGUUUGUAAAUGUGGGCUUUGUCCUCAUUCUGGGCGCUCUUCUUGGAGUUUGCCUGAGUGCAUUCAGUCACUUUUAGAGAAGAAUCUGACAGGUGGAGGCGAAGUGGCGUCUCAGGACUUCUGGGCUGACAUUUUGACGGUGAUGGGCUAAAAAAGAAAAAAAAACAUAUAUCCCACUUUUAGUCUGUUUGAAUAAAAUGAAACUGAUCAGGUUGUUGUUUUCUUGAGAUCCUGACGAGGAUCACAUGAUCCUAACUCCUGUAACUAGAGUUGGAAAAGUGCAAAAAAAGUUGGAAUAUUAUGGGAAACUUCUUUUAUUUUUAUAAGUAAUUUCACAGAGAUAAACACUUAUAUUUUUUAUUCAGUGAAUUAAAUUGAAAUAUUUCAAGCUGUCUUUUUUUUUUAUAAUUUUGAUGAUUUUGGCUCAUAGCCCAUAAAACCAGAAAUCACUCGUCAUGAAAGAUUCUGUUUUCCUUCUAAAGUCAAUAAAAAAAAGGAUUCAGAAUACAUAAAUGUUAGUUUCUGAAAAAUUGGGUUAAUUUGUACUCUCAAUAGUUGAUUGCAGCUUCUUCACAACAAAUUACCGCUUCAGCGGUGUGUGGCUGAUCAGCCUGUCGCUCUGCUGUAGUUUGCUUUGAGAGCGGUUGUCAGAAGUUCUAAAGUCUUAGAAAUACGUGGUGUUUAUUUAGUUUGAAUAGUGAUGAACUCAAAUGAAACAUUUUUAUUUUGUAAGGUGUAAUUUUUUUUUUUAAGCUCUGAGCCAUAAUUAUCAAAAUUGAAAUCCAAAAACACUUUUGAGUUUAUAUGUGAUGAGUCCAGAAUAAAUCAAAGUUUUAAUGUGUUUUUUAACUGAUGAAAUAUAUUGAACUUUUCCCAUAAUAUUUCAAUUUUUUAGCUGCACCUGAAGGCUUCAUCUUCUUCUUUACUAUGAAAUGUUGUGGCCUGUGACCAACCAGUUUUUUUUUUGACAUUUCACAUCACACAGAGGCGUUGAAGAGGACUCGCUGUCUUUAUAGAAGGAAACUAACAGUGAACAACAAUGAAAACUACUGACUUGUGCAUAUAUGUAUUUUGUAAGUAACUUAUGUAGAGCUAUGGCGCAUUUCAUAGUACGUCUGUCUGAAAAAACUGCUGAAAGAGUUUGUCACCAGGGUGAGGCGGGCUAGCAUUGACGCACUUUCUCACUGUGUGUCUGUGAAUCAGAGUCAAGUUUGGCAGGUUGUUCCUUAAAAAGGUUCACUCCAAUUAUUGCUGUCAGACUUCUUUGAGCUUAGGGGGACAAAUUCUCUAUUUUUCUCUUACCAAUCAGAAAUUAAGAACCAAAAAUAUCUCAAUAAAACACUUCAACCCAGGUUCAUAAAUACCCGAACAUUCCUUUAAAUAAUCAGAAUCUGGUAUUGAGGGUGACUGUGUGAAAAAAUGAAGUGGGCUCUUUUUUUUUUUAAAGUUAUUUCAAUUCGAGAGGAAAAGCGGGUAAAGCUUAAAACUGAGUGAAAGUGGGGAGUGAUGGGGGCUGCAGGCUGGAAAUGAACCCCAACCUUGAUGCCAACGACACCGUAUGGAGCUCUUAAUUCCAACUAGACUGCGAAUGAAUGACUUUGAAUUAGCUCAAUGGGAUGCAGUAUUGAAAGAAAUACACCAACACAAACUUUUCCCUGCGAUGAAUGCGGCACAUUGUGGUGAGCACACUCUGCAGCCUUUCAUCAGAGGGAAGGCUGUGUGAUGUAUAGAGCCGCGCUAAUUAAGAUAUGUGAACAUCUUUUGACUCUUCAGAUUUCGAACAUUCAGACUAACACAUACCUUGCUGCAGUAAGGACACUCUCCAAAAACAAUGUUGAAGCUCUGCCUGCUGGAGGGCAGCGCUCGCAGCCACUGAGGGAAGAAAAAGACCGCUUUGUCAAAUCAUUACCUUGGAUCUGAUGUGUCAGUGUCAAGUGAUAAUGCUGAUUUCAAUGCUCACUUAUUACUGAAUGCUUUAAAAGAAUGUACAAGACUAUCUGGUACUUUAAAGCAUUUUUCAGGGCUUUUAUGUGGAACUUUAGAGUCUGCUCCUGCCACUUGUUCAAGGAGAUCUCAGUAUGUGUAGUUUUUACUCAAUACGGAGUCCAUAAAGAAGUUAUGCUGCUUCCUGUGCAACAUAAAACAGCAGCACACCAACCAAACAAACCCUGACUAUUACUUACACUCAAAGUUUUAUUUCUGAAGUGUGUGGAGUGUGAUGAUUAAGCAAAUACAACAGAUUCCACCAGUCAAAAACAAAACAAAACGAAGUCCUGAUCCCUCAAAUCUUAAAAUUUCAAUUUUUUGUGUUCUUUAAUCAACUUUGGGGAAAACAAACAUUAUAGCUAGAUGUUACUAGCUGCUUUGCUGUCAGGGACAUGUUUAGCUUUCGACUGUGACAUCAUUCAGAGGACUUGUGUCGUUGCCACAAAACAUCAUGUUAGUCCGCCAUCUCUAACAUCAGCCUAACUUUGUGCCCGACAUCCGUUGACGUCUCCAUGGCAACAUUUGAUGUGCUUUUGUCUUUGUCAGCUUGCUUCCUCAGUGAUUAUCAUUUGUUUCAUGUGAUAAUCCACAGAGUGCAUGCUUGCCUGUCCACAGUGUUCCUCCCACACUGCAGGAUUUCUAAUAGCAAACAUCGAACAUGAUUUCAAUUUAGGAUUUCAAAUUGGUGCGGCCUCGAAGUCUUUGAAGCAGAUUGAGUGGAGUAAAAAUCACUCUCAACAUGACCCACACCAAAGCAAAAUUUGGCAGUGUCAGAGACCAAGUCUUUGAUGACUUUGGUUAAAAAAUCUGGUAUCUGGCCUCAAAUCAGCCUGAUGACCUUGUAUUGCGUACUGUACUUUAGUGAGGUGUAAAGAGGGCUGAGAUUUGAACACUAACAUGACUGUGCUAAAGAAGCCCUGAGACUUUUAUUAGGUGGUUGAGUAGAUUUUGCCUGGUUUAAAAAAAAAAUAAAAAUAAAAAAAAAAGUUUUUUAAUGCUUUUUAAAUUUUUUUAUUCUGUUUCAAAGUUUCUUUUUUAAACAUUUCUGUGAAAGGUCACAUCUUAGCCCUUCAGUCUAAAAAUAGAUAAAUACUGUUGUCUGCAGGUUAUUUUAAAGAUGUUAUUUUGUACUAUAUGUUUAAGCAGCAUGAGUGUCCUUGGCAUGUCAAAGGUGUCUUCUACUUUCAAGACACUUCGGUUAAAAUGACUUUCAAACUAAUGUUACUAAUAAUAUCCCUACUGUAGUUUGCAUUUGCACAGAUGGAGACUGAGUAUUUUAUUACCCCUCAGAAUUGUAAUGAUUUUUCUUAAGGGGCUGUCCAAUCAUAACUGUUACUACUGGAUGACUCCAACGUCAGUGUUCACUGGAAACUCUACCUCUACAGGGUAAAAUAAAGCAAACUUUCAUUUCAGUCUGUGUGCUGGGAUUUUAAAUAAAGACCACACUCCACAACAGAAGAUAACCAAAUCAAGGGAUGUUUAAAAUAAAGUUCUCAAAAGUUUUUUUUUUUUUUUAAUUUAGUUCGACACCUCAAAACUGUAAUAGUGGAUUUAGUUUUCUCACUUUAACAACUGCUUAGGAUCUGUCAUAACUCUAUUUUAGAUGGACUAAAUAAGUUACAUCCUUCAUAUCAGUGCAUCCAGUUCAUGUUGAUUUGUUGAUUUGAGCUGAAAGAAAGUUACUGUAAUGACUGACUGAGAGUAAUUUGUCACAACUUUCAACUUCUUUUAUUUUUAUCUUUUGAGCAAAAUGUCAAAACUAUACAGUUCCCAGUGUCACAUGUGUAAACAUGUACCUGUCAUUCUGGUCUUUUAUGAUGGUUAAUUAAUGAUUUUCUGAGUUUUUGUUCUGUAAACAAGCAAUUUUCAUAAAUCAACUCAGGUUCUCUGCGUUUGUGGUUGACAGUUUUAAUACAUGCUGACAGCUGAAUAACAAUGUGUGAUGAAAAUAAACAAUCAGAUCAACCAGUUGUAAAAAUAAAAGUAGAUGCUGCCUUAAGGUCCUAUGUUUCUGUUUGUCUGUGUACUACUUACCUCAUAAAGGCAGACCUGGUGGAAAGGCUGGCCACAGCGAGGAUCAUUACACACCUGAUCAGGGAUAGCAGCUUCAAGACGAUAAGAGUAACAGAUCCCACACUCGACACUGAAGCUCUGCACACACAGAGACAUGUGAACAAAAGUCACAAAUUCAGAAAUUUUCAGAAAACUUGCACCUCAGCCAAAAAAAUUCCAGAAAAAGCUCUAGAGCUCUAAGUAUACCACUUUUUGCUAAGGGAGCUGAUGGUAAUGGUGUUUUUUUGCAUUUAUGAGGCUCAACGCUCAAACCACGGUGGUUUUGUUUAGAAAGUAAGUGGUACCAUCAUAAAAGGCACAGCUAGUGGACACACACCCUGAGUUACACAGACCCCCAAAUUUUGAGAAAUAAGAAAAAGAAGGAUGACAAAACAUGGGUUAAAAAACAGCAGAAUUCCCCUUUAGGAUUCAAGCAUUUCCUAUCAUGACUAGGUGCUAAUCGGUCUUAAUUCAGGGCUGCACUUGUAACAUCACUCCUGAGCUUUCCUUCUCUCUACAGUCCCACCAUCACAGGCUUAUCACACACUCCUCUCUGCUCUCGUUUGCAUUUCGGUGUAAUGAGAAGCUCCUGUUUUCUGGGGCUAAGAGAGAAGGUGGCAGGUAAAAAAAAAAAAAAAAAAAAAAGAGGAAAAAAAAAUCAACAUCUGGUCAACUCAACUUUUUUACACUCCUCUGAA